GGACCUACCAGUUUUAUAGAAGACAUUUUUGCCAUGGACCAGGGCGUGGGGGUGUGAAGUGAUUGGGGGAUGAUUCAGGCACAUUUCAGCUCCACCUCAGAUCGUCAGGCGUUAGAUUCGCACAUGGAGUGCACAGCCUAGACCCACCAUAAGCACCUUACAGCAGGGUCCCGCUCCUGGGACAGUCUGAUGCCUGCCUGACAGGACGGAGCUCAGGCAGUGGUGCAGGCGGUGGGGAGGAGCUGUGAACAUGGGCGGAGCUUCCCUGGCUCCCACCGCUCGCCUCCUGCUGUGCUGGUUCCUAACAGACUGUACCAGUCCACCUCAGGGGUGGAGACUGCAGUCUCAAGGGACAAAGGGUUUGGAGCUGAGACACAAAAUCCUAACAAUGACACAAGUGUAUGUGUAUCAGAUACCAGCCUUGCGCAUCUGUCAAGCGUCCUGAGCACGCCACUGCAUUUUGGUUCCGAGGGAAGAUGCCCACGCCCUCGGGGCCACCUGCUGAGGUUGGUAAGUGUAAAAUGCCAAGCAUCAGAAACUCGCUCUCAUGUAGCAAAAGACAGAGAGCAUCUUAUGGGAAAUGUCAGUGUUUAGCAAAGCCCAUGCUCCUGGCAACUCUUCUGUACAUUGGAGAUUUUUCAAAAUACAAAGAUGAGGAAAGAAUUGCUAGGACCUGGACUCUUGGAGGGGGUGUCGGGAGAGAGCAAGCAGAACAAGCUUCCUCAGGCUCCCGGGCCCCAGGGGGUCUGUACUUUGCUGACCAUGGAGUCUGGAGCAGCAGGACAGCAUCUGGUGUCCCCAGACAAUAUCCCAGAGGAUGUGACUUUCAACCUCAUCAUCCUGUGGCUCACAGAGGUCCUCAGCCUGGGCGGCCUGCUGGGGAACGGGGUGGUCCUGUGGCUGCUGAGCUCCCAUGUCUACAGGAAUCCCUUCGCCAUCUACCUUCUGGAUGUGGCCUGUGCCGACCUCAUCUUCCUCGGCUGCCACAUGGUGGCCAUCAUCCCUGACCUGCUGCCUGGCCAGCUGGACUUCCCGGGCUUGCUGCAGACCAUCCUGGCCACCCUGAGGUUCUUCUGCUACCUGGUGGGCCUGAGCCUCCUGGCAGCUGUCAGUGUGGAGCAGUGUCUGGCUGUCCUCUUCCCGGCCUGGUACCCGUGCCGCCGCCCGGGCCACCUUGCCACCUGCGUGUGCGCCCUGGCCUGGGCCCUGGGCCUGGUGCUGCAUCUGCUGCUUAGUGGCGCCUGCACCCAGCUCUUCUGGGAGCCCAGACGCCACGUGUGCAGGGCGCUGUGGCUGGCAGCGGCCGCCCUGCUGGCCACCCUGUGCUGCACCAUGUGCGUGGCCAGCCUGCUCCUGCUGCUGCGGGUGGAGCGCGGCCCGCAGUGGCCCCAGCUGCGCGGCUUCUCCGCCCUGGUCCUGCUGGCCGUCCUCCUUUUCCUCUUCUGCGGCCUGCCCUUUGGCAUCUACUGGCUGUGCUGGAACCUGCACUGGCACACCCCGCGCUCCUUCUACCACUUCAGCUUCCUCACGGCGGGGCUGCACACUGCUGCCAAACCUGCCGUCUACUUCUGCCUGGGCAGUGCCCGCGGCCACCGGCUGCACGAGCCCCUCCGUCUGGUCCUGCAGCGAGCACUGGGGGACGAGGCUGAGCUGGGGGCUGGCAGGGAGACCUCCCGCCGGGGCCUUGUGGACAUAACAGCCUGAGCCCUGGGUCCCAGCUCCAGCCCAUGUGAAGGAGGGGCAGGACCAGAAGCAGGGCCAGCAGGAGCCCCGGACACCUUCACUGAUGACCUGGUGGUGGGACAGCCGCUGCUUUAGUAGG